AUGGCCACCUCCCCCACCCCAGCCCCGCUACUCACCCUCUCCGACCUCGACACCCUCACCUCCUCAAACAAAUACCUCAUCCUCGACUUCUGGGCAGAAUGGUGCCCCCCCUGCAAGGCCAUCGCCCCGCUCUUCACGAAACUAGCGGCAGCGCACACGAUCCCCAACAAACUAGCCUUCGCCAAGGUGGACGUGGACGCGGCGCCCGACAUCGCCGCCAAGUUCGGUGUGACGGCCAUGCCUACCUUCCUAUUCCUCGUCGACGGCGAGGCGAAAGGGAUCGACGUCGGCGCGGGCGUGACCGGCGGCGGGGUCGUCUCGCCCGAGAAAGCCGACGGGCUGGUCAUGAUUCGCGGGGCGGAUCCGAGGAAUCUCGUGGGUGCCGUCGAGGCGAUUGCUGCGCUGGCGAAGAAGGAGCUGGAGGAGAAAGGGGAGACUGCUUAG